CUCUGAUUGUACAUCCAGAUUGUCAACUGGCCAUGUGUGUGUAGUGUGGGCAGCAAUACUGUGACCUGUUGUCUAUAGUAUUAUCAUAGGGACAUGUUUCUCCCUUACAGAAGUCUUACUAACAAGGAUAACAGUUGUACUAUCUGGACUAAUCGUGAUAUAUAUGUGAUCAGCUGUGUUUUCGCGUCGGAUAUCGCAAGAAGAAGUGUUUCACAAAUGGAUAUACGUCUCCAUGGCUAGAAUGAAUUGAUAUAUAUAUUUAUAAAUUUACUUAAUGCAUUCCAAAGUAUAUUUGUAACAAGAUACAUUACACGGAUAAAUACAUGUAACCUGUGUUUUGAAUUAUUUAUAUUUCACAAAAUAAAUCUUUUAAACCUUAUUGUAGAGAUAGCAUAAUACAAUGUUAGAUUGAAGUAGUUGUUGAAUAUGGUUAAAUAGUCCCAUGAUGGUUGUGAGAUGUGUCAAUAUACUCCCAGAGGUUACAGGUCAAGCCUCCAAGUACCUCUUAGGUCAGUAUUCAUAUAACACCCUCUCCUCUAUUUUUAUGAGUAUUUGAAGUAGUGUUUCUGGCAAUGUUGGGUUUGUGGAAUAGAUUUCAUUAAUAACAAGACUAAGGUUUUUCAAGGAUAUGCGCAAAGAAAUGCUUGUUCAUAAAAAGUGAAAUAUGUAUUUAUAGUUUGGUGAAAGGCAGAAUUACAGACAAGUGUUCAUACACUGGUGAAUUUUUUAUCAAAAUGUUUUGUUAAACUUCCAAUAACCAUAAUAUCUUUUCUGGAUUUGGAUGAAGUGUGAAAUGUUUUCAUUCAGUAAGUGAUUGAGCUUGAGCUAAACUUCAGUUUGAAUAGUGCACUAAUAAUAGCCAUCUGGUUAAUGAAAACAACUGUCUUGUCAAUGGAGCUAACGAUUCAUGUUCUACAAAGGUGUCGAAGAAGCUGUCCGUGGCUGUGAUUGUUUUGACCUGACAGUCGUCUAGCCGGUGCAAUGUUGUGGACAUGUCACUCAGGAUGUUAAGCUGAUGAUUGUUGGUGUGCAGUCAGGCUUGUAUCAGUAAAUUCAUCAACAAGCAGUCUGUGCCAAAUACUUUGAGUCUACUGUCCCUAAACUUGGUCCUCAGAAUAAUCUUUCAUAGAUUUUAGUGUUCUCAUAUGGUCUGUUAAUACCUGAGCUUACAAGACUGAUAUGAAUUUUACUAGACACGGGCUUCAGACAUGGCUAAAGUCGCAGGCUGAAAAAGAAAUAACACAUCUUGCUGUUGGGGAUAUUUUGUGUUUGAAUAUGAAUGAACGUGUUCUGUGGACAGAAUAUAGCUUGUGUUAGUUAAUUCCAAUGGACCCUACAGAUUUGGAGGUCAUGAAUAUUGGUGAAAACAAAACAUUUUACCCGUGUUUGUGAGUGAUCUAUGAAACGUGUGUCAACAUCCAGUAUGCCUGGUCCGGACGUAGACCAGGACUAUCUCAGUGUGGUACCUAACUUCCACGACAAGGAGAAUCCUGAUGGAUCAGCGAACCUCAUGGACACGUUGGAUGACCUUCCUGUGGGGAUUGGUCAGUAUGACGACUUCCACACCAUUGACUGGUUGCGGGACAUUGCCCGCGACCGCAUGCGCCAUAGACAUAUUAUCAAGAAGAAGCAGGAAGGAUGCUGGGAGAAAGUGAAGGGUGCUCACGACGCAUGGUCGGGAUGGGUCUGUGUACUUCUCGUCGGGGUCUCAGCAGGUGUGUGUGCAGGUGUCAUUGACAUUGGCGCCUCAUGGAUGUCAGAUUUGAAAGAAGGAAUCUGUUUCGAGGCUUUCUGGUUCAACAAAGAACAGUGUUGCUGGUCGGACAAGAAUGCCAGCUAUAUCGAGGAUGGGGACUGUGGACAGUGGUACUCGUGGAGUCGUCUGUUCGGCAUCAGUGACGGCAAUGCAGGGUCCUACAUCAUCAAGUACCUGCUGUACAUACUGUGGGCGUUGGCCUUUGCUGGCAUGGCAGCCAUGUUGGUCCGGGUAUUUGCCCCUUAUGCUUGCGGAUCGGGUAUUCCUGAGAUCAAGACUAUCCUGAGCGGGUUCAUCAUCCGAGGCUACCUGGGAAAGUGGACGCUGUUGAUCAAGUCAGUAGGGAUGAUGUUGGCCGUGUCUGCUGGACUGUCGCUUGGGAAGGAAGGCCCCUUCGUCCACGUUGCCAGUUGCUGUGGCAACAUAUUUUCUUACCUUUUCCCCAAAUAUGGUAGAAAUGAGGCCAAGAAAAGGGAGGUGCUGUCAGCGGCAUCGGCAGCAGGUGUGAGUGUCGCCUUUGGCGCCCCGAUCGGAGGGGUACUCUUCAGUUUGGAGGAGGUCAGCUAUUACUUCCCUCUCAAGACCCUGUGGAGGUCCUUCUUCUGUGCCCUAAUGGCAGCCUUCGUGCUGCGGUCUAUCAACCCCUUCGGCAACGACCAUCUGGUCAUGUUUUAUGUGGAGUAUCAUGAACCCUGGUACAUCCAGGAGCUGGUGGCGUUCAUCAUCAUUGGGGCACUCGGGGGCCUCUAUGGAAGCUUUUUCAUCAAGUUCAACAUUAUGUGGUGCCGGUAUAGAAAAACUUCAUCCCUGGGAACCUACCCUAUUAUUGAGGUUCUCAUAGUGACAUUCAUCACUGCCUUGCUCAGCUACCCCAACUCCUAUACCAGAAUGAACACAAGUGAGCUGAUCAAGUUGUUAGUCAGCAGCUGUGGGCCAGAGGACAGUCUGGAGUUAUGUGACUACCACCGUAACUUCACCCAGUCGAAGCCGUUCAUCGGCAGCGCUGUAGCUGGAGAGGGUGUCAUGACAGCAUUAUGGAAGUUGUCACUAGCACUCAUUUUUAAAUCCCUCAUCACAAUAUGGACUUUUGGUCUCAAGGUUCCGUGUGGUCUCUUCAUCCCCAGCAUGGCGGUUGGUGCAAUCAUGGGGCGUCUUAUCGGCAUUGGUGUCGAACAGCUGGUCCUAACUAACCAGGACAGCCCGAUUUUUGCCAAUAUGUGUGACUCGGAGCAGACGUGCACUGUGACGCCCGGACUGUACGCCAUGGUGGGUGCUGCCGCAGCCCUGGGGGGAGUCACCAGGAUGACAGUGUCCCUGGUGGUCAUCAUGUUUGAGUUGACCGGUGGUCUGCAGUACAUUGUGCCCAUCAUGGCCGCUGCCAUCACCAGCAAGUGGGUCGGAGAUGCUCUCGGCAAAGAGGGGAUUUAUGAUGCUCAUAUUCGGCUGAACGGCUACCCGUACUUGGACAGUAAAGAGGAAUUCACACAUACAACAAUAGCAGCUGAUGUCAUGAGACCCAGAUACUGGCGCUAUGGGUUGGGAGUAAGGAAUGAUCCCCCGUUGUGCGCCAUUACACAAGACACCAUGACGGUGGAUGAAGUUGAGCAUGUUUUGCGGAAUACAGAACACAACGGUUUCCCUGUGGUGGUGUCCAGGGAAUCACAGUACCUGGUAGGCUUCGUCCUCCGUCGAGAUCUCAACCUGGCCAUCACGAACGCCAGGAAAAACACGGAGGGGGUCGUGAGUAACUCCAUGGUGUACUUCACCGGCCAUGUCCCUGCCAACCCCCACGGCCCUGCGCCGCUCAAACUGAGGAAAAUACUGGAUAUGGCUCCAGUGACUAUUACAGACCAGACUCCGAUGGAGACAGUUGUUGAGAUGUUCCGGAAGCUGGGUCUCCGACAAACACUCGUUACACAUAAUGGUCGUUUAUUGGGAAUAAUAACUAAGAAGGAUGUGCUUCGUCAUAUCGCUCAGCUGGAGAACCAAGACCCAGAAUCUAUUCUCUUCAACUAAGUUUGACAGAGUCUCCCCUUCAUAUCAAACUGUGAAUGCAUUAUAUGACAACCACAAGUGGCUGUUUUGGUUUUUGUGUUGCUUGUUAAGAUGAUGUGACCAUAACCUCUCUGAAACGGUUCACUGUGACCUUUAUGAUGAAAUGAGGAGGAAUUUAUUAAUGGAAGUCAGAUCUGAUUCACUUGUCAACAUCACAAGGAGUGUCAUAUUGCUGAAACAAAAAUGUUCAUCCCUUGAGAAAGUGCUAACAAGAUGUGGGUGAGAUCUUCAUCAUUUUUGUUUGCAAAGCCAAGUCAUAAUUUACAUUGAAAUCUUCCUGAGUUUUGUCAAGGUCUGCUCUUGUGGCAAACGUUGCAUAUUAAGACGUGCUUGCAGGAAUUUGCGUGUGUUGCAAGUCUUUUACACAAGUAUAUUCUGUUGUUCGAUGCUCAGAUGCAUGGGUGGAGUUCCUAUUGCUUUUCACAGGAUAUCAGAUGUUCAUUUUCUUCACAGAUUUCCGAGUGUACAUGUGAUAUGUAUGUAUGGUGUUUUCUAGAGUGUGUUUGGUGUUAUAGUCAACAGUCAACAGGAACAUAGGGAUAUGAUUUCCUAUUUCUGGUAAGGACAGUAACAACCUGGCUUCAGUUUGAAGAAAUACUUUUCCUAACUGCAAAGAAUUCACAUCAAGAUUAACAUACCUAAGAAGGCUCUUCAAAAGUACAGAACAGGAAGUUGUCUGCUCAACAGGAAGUCGUCUGCUCAACAGGAAGCUGCCUGCUUCACAGCAAACCUGAUUGAUCAGGGAUCUCAAACUAACCCAUUCAGUUGGACGUUUGUCAGCAAUCAUCAGUGACAGCACUUACUGCAGUUUAUGGUUCAUUUGAUGACCUUGGAUGUCAGAUCCUGACCUUGUCAUGGAAAACUUAUAAUCUCUAACUGUUGAUCCUUGACAGUAGUUGUUCAAAUUAACCUGAUUUUGUUUGUAUAUGACGGAAGACCUAUAUCAAACCCUCAAAUUGAUGAAUAUGUUGAAUGAAUUCUGAACAUUUCCUUAACCAUGUUAAUAUAUACAUCAGUACUGAUGGAUGAUAUGACUGAUGUUGUAGUGUUUGUUGUUUAACAAUUAGCCAAUCAUGUUUGUUCUUACACCAUUAACAAUGAGUCUUAGGUAUCAUAUUCACCAGUUAUGUAUUUAUUAUUGACAGAACCAACCUUGAGACAACUAAGAGAUAACUCCAUGAGCACAGCCACCUACAGACAAUGUGAUUUCUUCAGGAGUUUGUUUUUUGUUGCAUGUCUCAUGAAAAGAUUUGAAAUAUUUAUUUUGCUGGAAAGGAUAGGAUGCAUCUGUAUAGUCAUUAGCAUCAUCAAAUGAUCAAACUUGUCUGUCAUCAAAGAAUAUCAAAGUUAGUACAGGUUUGAUGAGACAGUUCUUCAGAUUUGGACAAUUGUUUAAGCGUUUCUCGUCAUGCCAAGGCCCGAGUGGGAUUCCUCAUUUCAUUUCUGGGAUCUCCCCGUUGCUGGAAUAUUGCUAGGAGUUUUGUAAAGCCAUACUCACUCACUCUUUAGAUGUCUUUUGGUAUCAUCAGGUUGGUUUUGGGCAGUCAUGUUAAACGAUGACAACAGCAAUUCUAUUGUUUCAGUAGGGUUAGGGUAGCUAAGUGGUCAGGGUUGCCACAACUUCAUCCUGGGUUUGCUUCCAAAAGAGGUACAUUGUGAUGCCCUUUUAGAAAUAUACUGUUGGCAGCUGUGAACAUGCACAGCAGAAAACAAACAAAAAGCCUUAAUCAAAUCAAAGGAUAAUAUGUUUUUAGGCAUAAGAGGGCAUUAAUCAUUUAUAACCAUUGACAUGCUUCAAUAUGAUGACUUGUAAGGUCAUCUGAACCACAGGCGAUGGCUUAGGCUACGUGAAAAAGGGAAAUGUUUCACAGGCAUCGGUGUGUCGGAUUUUUCAUUUCUAUUUUUUAAAGUUAAUGUUUCGUUCCAGGAUCAUACAUUCAAUAUGUUCAGUAAGACUUCACUUUCCUUGUUCUAUUUCUAUUCUAAAUAAUAUUUUGACUUUGUUCUAAUCAACUUAGGAAUAGGAUACAUUCCCCAGUUGACAAAAACUACAUGCCCAAGAAACACAUGAAACUAUUUCCAUGCAGUCUAACCUACUACUAAUCAUAAAUAUAUAUCAAAAUAUACAGACUCAGAUCUUAUAAUACUCAGACUUUUUCAACUACAGACACCAAGGCAAGAAAGAUGAAAUAUGGUAUUGAGUUUUUCAGGGUUUGGUUUUUAUGGAGAUUCCUAGUAUAGUUAUUUUGCCAUUUUAAGUGUACAUUUUCUUUCUGUGAACAUCCAAAACUCUCCUGAGUCAGUUUGUAACAGUGUUAAUCACUCAGUAUCUAUAGAUGUAAGCCUGGCUAGGUGAAUACGACAUGUAUUCACUGUGAAGAAUGUACCAUGAUGUUAAUAUUCAGUAUUACAUGUUGUGUUUUGAACAUAUAUAUAUAUAUUUACAACUAGGAUUGCACUGGUCCCUGCGUCAUCCUGGUAUGUUUUUCCCUGGAUACCAUGCUUGAAUGGCUGAAAGUGUUAAUAUAUUAACUAGAUUAGAUUAUGUUGAGAUUGUUUGUAUAUGGCGUGGAGACUUAUUUUAUGUUUUCAUGUGGUAGACAGUUUUGUUUUGUUGGUGAUAUUAUCCGAAUCCUUAACAGAUUCACAUCAGAAUGAACCCAAAAUGGUAAAAGCUAAACUGAGACAAUAUUUGUUAAAUAACCAGAAAACUGAAUUAUUAUCUGUAUAUAAUGCGUAUAUGUAUGAAAUGAAAUUGUAUAAUUUGAAACAAAUACAGGCUGCUCAAUCGACUGAGCACCUCAGCUAAGCAACAGUCACAGAUUAUAUUGACAUAUGAUAUGGAGAAAUAUUCUGGAUAAUAAAACUAACAAGCAAUCUGCUGUGCUCAAAUUUGAAACAGUGCAAAAAUACUUCUGAGUUAUUCUCAAAGGGGAGAUAACGGUGGUAAUGUGUGUUAAUUUUCCCUGAAAGAAUAUGGCAACACAGUUAUUCACAACACUGUUGAUAAGAUUUAUUAUAGCUCGAUCUUCAGCACAAAACCAUCAGGGAUUUAUCUUGACCAGCUCAGAGGCCAAUAUUUCAGGCCAAUUUAACUGCAGAUUUCCAAAUUUCACUAUUUCACUGAUAACCAAUAAAGAUGGCGUUAAUGUUAAAAUACCUCUGAAUUUUAGAAAAUAAAACUGAAAAAUGUCUGUUUUGAACAAAAUAACGACAUUUCUUCCGAAUUGCCAUGGCACUUAGUUUGGAAGUCUUGAUAAAUCCCUGGCCAAAGCUCUCAUACCUCAAACACAUGCACACACAAAAAUACACACACACACACACACAUUCACACUCGACUAUCAAAUUAUUAGUCUCUAAUGAUAAUCAAAUAUAUAGUAAUAUAUAAUCUCAUAUAGACCUGCCUACCUAUCUCAGUGUACAGGGUUAUUGUGUCAAGUUCAAGCUGAUGAAUUGCACUUGUUCCAAAGAGCUUUUACCGUAUGUAAUUUCCAUGGUUGCCAUGGAUACAGGUAGCGGUUUCCAUGUGUAAUUAACAUUGUACAGAUGGCACCUUGUUUGUGUAUAUGGUAUUGUAUUUAUUGGUCAUGAGUUCUGAAGAUAUGUAUCUCUGGCAUUAUCUUCAAAAAGCUUUUUUCGCUACUUCCCACCACAACUAGUUUGGCACCGUUCUACAAAAACAGAUUAAGCCAAGCAUCUAGAUUUUCCCUCAGCAGAAGUUUGUCUGCCUUUGACUUCUGUAAACUAUAUGCCUGAAUGCUCAUGGGUUUCAUCACAGUUGUAAACGUCUGAGAAUUGCAUCACUUCGGGCUUUCCUCCCACAUUAAACGGACAUGCCGUGAUAUAACUGGAAUACUGUUCAAGCGGCGUUUAAACCCAACUCUCUCACUGUAUAUACCUCGCGUGCUCUUGUGUUGCAUACAGUCAGUGACCACACAGGGAUUUAUCUAGACCUGCUCAAAGACUUGCCACUUGAUGUUAAUAGAGUUAUGACUAAUGUGAUGGGUUGGUCGAGGUGACUGACAUUUCAAUGAUAACAUCCCAUCAAGAGGAAGACGAUUGAAUUAAUUUAACAUUAUCACAUUGAAUUUUACAAUGUUAAACUACAAUUUUAAACUAUAAUGUUAAAAUACCUCUGAAAUUAAGAAAAUAAGAACUUACGGAAAAUACUAAUUUUGAACAAUAAAACAUUUUGGCCCCAAAACUCCCUGAGAUAAAUCCCUGGCCAAGUAGAUAUUUAUUUGAAUGUUUACACUUUAUUGAAUGUCUGCUGUGCUGUUUUAUCAUCUGUGUGUUUGUGAGAUAUUUAUUCAUUCUCAUACAUCAGUUUGGGCUCUGCUUGUUUAUUUGUAAAUGGUACUGAAUCAGAUGGCAUGUUUCCUGUUGAGGAGGUAAUGAUUGGUCUUCAAUGUUUUGAAACCAUUGUAUUGAAUUUCUUAAUUUCUAAUGAACACUGAGUACCACUAGUCAUUCUAUUGCCAAUCUAAUCCCAGAUAAUACUCCUUUUGUAGCAUUUAUGAACACUGAAAGUUAAAAGACUUAUAUUCCCUGCUUGAUGUAGUUAAGUUGCUGUGAUUGGUUGAUUCUACAAGAUCAUGAGGUCCUAAAUAGAUUAUUCCACAUUGCUGUAUCCAAGAGUUACAAAGAUGAACUGGAUCUAUCUGUAUAAUUUAGAAAAACAAACUUUUAAUAGAUUUUAAGACUGGAAGUGUGUUUUUGUGAUUGCAGGAGCCCCUUUAAGAUGCUUGUUCAGUAGCAUUGGAGUAGGGAAUCCGGGGAUAUUUUUACUUAGCCUAGGAGAACUGGGAGUUCGUCAUGAGUUCGGCUUAGAGGGUGAUGCAUGAACUGAAGAAGUCCAAGAUAUCGAUAACAAUAUAGUAUCAGGCACAUUUUGUUGACUGAAACGUGUUAACAACUGCUGUUUCAGUCCCAUAGAUGUAUUAAUAUGUAGGAACUGGAACAGACUGAUAAAUGUUCUGCGUCAAUAUGACUCACCAUUUUUUUUAGGAGCAUUUUGGAUAUUGCACCAGUUAAUCCUGCAUCAUGAAAAGCCCCGAGUCAGCAUAAAGGAUUCCCACCAAACAAUCUUGUUUGACGACCAAUACAGGAAGUCCACAUCCCUUGAGGGUUCUAACAUAUACACAGCUGACAUGUUAUGUUCACAGUUUGUUCUCCUAGAAUGCUGUUCAUACUUGGUAUGUGUGUGUCUGCCAUACUGCAUGGACUGUCAGCAUGACAAUUUUACUGUGAUAUCUCAUUAUUUAUGUUCGAGAGUGUGUCUUGCUGUCAUUUUCUUUUUACUUUGAGUCUAGAACUAUUUUUUUGUUAGUUGCAUGUCAUGGUACUCCAACGGUGUGGAUCACAAUCUUGCUUACAAUAUCAAUCACUGGAUUGUCUGGUCCGGAUUUACAGGCCCCUGUCAUAACAGGACUAUUGCUGAGUGUGGUGUUAAACAACAAACAAAAGAUAACGUGAGCAUCAAUGCCUUUUAUGGGUAGCUAUGGUCAUAAGACUAUUCAGUAUUGGUUUGAUUCUUUCAUGGAUGGGGGCAUGGGUGGUCCAUUUGUCUAAUAAUGUCAUAUAAACCACAAUUUGCUGUGAAGAGUUAUGUCCGUUUAGAUGUGCCAGAAUCCUGUUAUUAUGGGUUUGAAGCCCAGAUUUGCCCUGACAAUGUAUAGUCAAUAUUUAUAUGUCCACCUUGCACGCAGUAUCCUUAUCACUCCUGCGGCAGAUUGUUUCACGAUAGAAAUAAUAUACUGUUAGCCUGACAACAUAUUGUUUCUAGAAACCGUUUUAAUUGUUUCUAAUCAAAGAUAUGUAUUUCCAAACCCCGCAUUUAAUUUUGUAGUGCUUGCAAUGAGCUUAUAUGUUUCAGUUUGAUUCUGCAAUUGUGAAAAGAUGCUGUAUACAUGUUGAAAUACAACUACAACUGAUACAAGAGCGUUAGAGCCCAGUUGGUAGUGCACUUGCCCCACCUAUAUAUGUCCCAGAUCUCAUUCCCACAAAAUACAACAAACAUAAUGGUUGCUCCCUGCCAGAUAGGUAAAUGCAGCAUGAAAUCCUUUCUCCUCUAACAUGUCUAACAAGAGCUAAUUUGAAAGGAAAUGUAAAAGAGAAAUUGAUACGGUUUUAUGCAUGUUGGUCCACUGAGGGAGCUACAAACCUCAUCUACAACCAAGCUAAGGCGAGAUUUUACUCUUUCAUGAUGGGACAGAUGUCCACAUUAUAUGAUACUUUGUGCCAGAGUGUGUAUAGCAAGUUUAUAUAUGUAGAUCCACAAAAUCACGGUUGCUUGGGUCUUUAAAUAAGAAAAGGCCAAGCCAAUUUGUUUUCUAGUUUGAUUUUGUUUCAAAUUUGACACGAUCAGGCCUGCUGAUGAAAAAAGUAAUUGAAUUCACUCAUGAAGUACUACUUGUGUCUGUUAGGGGAUGACGAAGCAGUAUAAAAACAACUCGCAUGUUAUUUGAGUGUUUGGCCAUCUCCUGACGGACAUGGAUAAAUGUAUGAUGUGCGAACUGGCUGCUUAUUUCAACUAAUUAUUGUAUAGAUGUGCAGAUUCGACAGAUUUGCUUCUAUCUUUUGGGACACAGCUUAGACGUUUGUCUUUGCCAGAGGUGGUGAGGCAGCAAGUAUUAAAAAUGUUAUGGUUGAUUUGAAAUUAAAGAAACAUAAUACCUUCUUUUAAAAUGGGAACCGUAGGCUUCCCAUAGUCACUGUAGUAAGCACCAUGGACAGUCUAUAAUUACUUGUGUAUAUAGUGCAGGUGUCUUAUAACUGCCUUGCAACUAUCAUUGAAAAGGGUUUCGUCUUGACUUUUGAUCAGUUUUUUCACAACCAUUCGAUCUGUGAAAACGGACUUAACAUGUUGUAUAUGGUUUUAAGCACCCCUUUGUCAUUUCCCGAGUGCCCAAGGUGCUUAUUAGGGUGAAUAUGGUAUUUGAAAACAAGAACACCAGUUGGUCUGGAUUAAUGGGAGGCAGGGUUAACCUUGCUGCUUGAUUCCCCAAAGAAGAUGUGAACUGUGUUUGUCAUACGUACUAUCAUCAUUCCUGUGUAUAUUUGUGUUGUGGUUAUACGUGUACAGGUUAACGAAUGACAAUAGCAUUGUUACUUUGUUCGUACAAUACAUACUUCAAUGAAGUACACAGUUGAUGUCGAAGAGAUAAAACAUUAUUUAAAGUCA